CAGUCCCUCUCUCUCUCUGUGUUUCUCUCUCUCGGUCUCUCUCUCGGUUUUAGUCUCUCUCUCUCUCGGUCUCUCUCUGUCACUCUCUCUUUCUCAGUCCCUCUCUCUCUCGGUUUUAGUCUCUCUCUCUCUCUCUCUCACUCUCUCCCUCUCUCUGUUUCUCUCCCUCCCUCUCACUCUCUUUGUGACAUACUCACACACAUAUAUUUACACACUUGGUAUGACUGAACUAACCCCAGCUUAGUUUGUAGCCUACUUGAGAUACUCUGAGGCUUCCAAGGAAAUAAAGUCUAGCUGGACGGUAUUCCUUUUAGGAAUAAUCAUGCCUGGUAAACAGCUGGGACUUUCUGUACGGCUUACCUAAGGAGCACAACCUGGACAAAUGAAUUCAGCUUUCUAAGAUGUCCCUACCAGUCAUGUCUGCACAGCAGUCACAGUCGUCUGUGUUUACAUAUGAAUCUACAGGACACCCCUGCCAUGUGCUCCGUCGCCUUGAUGACCAGAGACGGCGAGACGUGUUAUGUGAUGUGACUGUGGUGGUGGAGGGCCAGAGUUUCAGGGCCCACCGCUCAGUGCUGGCCUCCUGUAGCGAGUACUUCACUGACAGGGCCUCCUACACGUCGCAUGAAGCGGUCAUCACCCUGCCCCGGGAGGUGACAGCUGCUGGUUUUGAGCCUUUGCUAAAGUUUGCCUACACGUCCAAACUGCUAUUCAGUAAAAAUAAUGUACUCGAGACACGCACAUCGGCAGCCAUUCUGGGUUUCAGGGAUUUGGAUGAAGCCUGCUUUGACUUCCUCCUACCCAAGUUGCUGUCCAGCAGCACGGGUUGUGCUGCUCUCCAGAGGUUGGGGUGUCGUGAGACGAGAUGCAAGUGGCAACUGUCAAAGGCAGCCCGUGGCAUGCACGACGACGCCAUACCGGCGAAUGAGAGAGAGGAAAAACCAGUUUCAGAUUCACCAUCCAAAAAGGAAGGGCGCUCACUCUGUGACCUACCCGUGAAUGGCGAAAGCGGAAGUAAGAGCAGCACAUCCUUCUUUCCGCAUGUGGAACACACACCGUCACCAUCCAAGGCACCAACUGACUUCUCUCUGCAGUGCCCCAAGUACCGCAAGUUCCAGCUAGCCUGCGGGAAGGAGAUCUGCAGCGGCGCUGGAGGUCGUCGGGACCAAAGCAAAGUUGAGACCUCCAGACAAACUUUUCUAAACAACCCAAAGAAAUGUGCAAAAGGAGAGUUGGAAAAGCUCUUUGCAAGAAAAGAGUGUGGCGUGAUAACGGACAGAGAACGAGUGCUUGACAAGACUAAGACAGACAUAGACAAAAGGGAAGGGAGAUGGUACGAGGAGAGGAGCGGGCUAAGUGUUGUGAAGAUGGAGGAAGAAACAGGAGUUAUGUCUCCCAGUGCCACGGCUCCUCUCACACAGCAAGUCAGGGGGGUCUCCUCAAGGCCAAGCCCGGUGGUGGUCGGGGGGCGGUCAGCUGAGUUAAUAUUGGACCACUGCCCUCUAGAGGCCCUUGGUGAGGGCUGUGCGAGCACUGGGUCAAUGAGGCAAGAAAAACUUGCCAUGGAGGUUAAAACUGAAAAGGAACUGGGGGACACUGGGGACAGCGAUUCAACAGGGCCAGUUUCUUCCCCUGUGAAGACAGAGGAGCAGGAGAUGGACCCCGGUCAGCUCGAUGGAGGAAGAGGAAGAGAAGAGAGAUGGGUGGAGAGCGAGGUGCUGAAUGGAGAACAGCGGGUAGAUGGCAGGGAGAGGAGGAGCAGCAUGGAGAGAGAGGUUGUGGAGCAGCUGGCUCUGGGGUUCAGAUCAUAUGUCGCCUCGCCUCAUUUGCCUCCCCGGGGGCCCUGCGCGAGUUCUGCCACCGAUGCUGUGGGUGAACCGGUUCACAGUCCAACUGAAGACUGGCUGAAGGUGGAUGUCAGCCUCAGCUCCAGACCCACCACCGUCUGUCCCUUCCUCCAGGACUUAGACCCAGGCAGGAGUGUAUGGAAGGAGGCCGGGGAAGCCAGUCUGUCAGGGUGUGAGGGGGUGUUCCCGUCAGGGAAUAGCCCCUGUGUGUCAUCUCUCAACUCGGGGGAAGAUGGAGAAUCGGAAACAGAAACGGAGGGGGACAGCGAGUGGUACACUAGCGAGAGGGCCCGACAGAGAGGUGGAAAAACGUGCGCACACACCCUGUAUUUCUUGACCUGGGCAUCCCCUUGUCUCCAGGUGCAGCUGCCGUUCUCUGUGGACUGCAUCGUCAAUCUGAACAGGAAUGAUUUCCAGCAGCUCCUGAUGCGGCAGAGCCUCACGCGUGAGCAGCUCGACUUCGUCCACGACGUGAGACGACGCAGCAAGAACCGCAUCGCCGCUCAGCGCUGCCGCAAGAGGAAACUGGAUUGCUUGCACAACCUGGAGUGUGAGAUCAACAGGCUGAGGACAGAGCGGGAGAAGCUGAUGAUGGAGAAGAGCCAGCUGAGCCAGCUGAAGGUGACAACAUGGGAAAGUGUCUCUGCUUUGUGCCAGAGGGUCUGCAGCGAGGCCAACCUGCAACCCGAGCAGCUGCAUGUGCUGGCCAAGUACACCUCUUCGGAUUGCCCGCUCUCCUCUUUCAUUGCCCACAUAGACUCGCUCAUGUCUGGACCUGGGCCAUCCCUCCAACCCCAGGCCUCCUGCACAUCUGCUGCUGACAUCCAACAGGCGUCUUCCAAUGCCAGCACCACGGACAUCAUCAGGGAUGGUUAACACUAGCCUGACGGGUACACAUCAGUUCUUGGGUGAUGCGUUCAACAUCCAAAAGGGGAAGGGACCUAAACUUAAUGAACCUAGACUUAUCAAUUAAAACAAGAGGUCUCAAAUCAUAUCCCCCUCAAAGACAUUAGCUACUGAUUGUGUACCGGAUACAACAAAGGACCACAGUACCGAGCGAUGGGGCAGGCCCGAUUAUACAUUUAUCAGGAAUCAGGAACAACUCGUGGUCAUUUCAUUUCAUGUGAUUGCGUACACAAAAGAAAUUAAAUUUCAUUUCCCCCCCAGCCCACAGCAGUGCAACACAAAAGACAAAAACACACAUCUAAAACUUCCCAAAAACAACACCACCAAAAACAUGAAAACAGAGAGAACAAAGCAAAACAAAAACAGUUAACAACACAGUCCAAAACUUCCACUGUCCAGGAGAACGAACACCAGCCAGGAUGGCUGCCGGAACUGCCGCUCUGCAUGGGCUAGCAGUUAGCUUAGCCUGCACUGCUUCCACGUCCCGUCAGACCACCCUCGGUACUUCCUCCUCGGGUGCAGCUCCAGGCAGGGGCCGUGGUCCCUGGGAACCACCGGACGCAGUAGACCAAGCUCCCUCUGCCGAUCCAACGCCAGCUCUCCCAGCCAGACACCUUGGACACGCCUCCCCGCACUCCACACGACGACACAAAACGCAAACACAAACAAAAACACUUAAAAAAUAAAUAAAAAUAAAAACAUUUAAACUUAGAAAAACAAUUAAAUGGAGAAGGUGACGUAAUCACAACUGUGAUUUCUUAACUUUUUGAUGCCUUUAUAUCUUUCUGAUUUGACAACAGUUGGCUUCUGAAAGUGAUGAAUAUUGAUGCUUUGUUUUGAAAGUCGCCACAUUACAUUCCCGCUAACCAAGAGUUUCUAAUCUCCUCUUGUUGAUUUUGGCUUCUGUUUGCAGACGGCUUGGAACAAUACAAUUAACUACAGAUGGGGGAAGCAAACUGCUAACCCCGUCAGCGCCGCAAGGACACAUUUCUAAAACGUACACAUCCAGAGUGAAACUGGUCUGUGACUGGUGUAAAUACAGCCAUGCCCAGGCCAGCGGGGAGGAUGUGCUAUAACUCACCCUUGUCUUACAUUUGAUUUUCCUGCUGAAGAAAAACAAUCAUUUUAAAUCAGUUUCAUACACUCAGAUCCCCUGGCGGCGCCACCAUGCAACACACAAUACCUCUUACAGAUAUGAUGCUCUUGUGCCCCGCGCUCUGUAGGAACAUUUAGCAGCAGCUCAGACAGCUUGCCAAACAGACCUUGGGUUGUUUGCCAUGUUUUUUUUACCCUCUGGUUUUUUUCUGGCGCUCGUAUUUCAGCCUGUCAUAUUGGUUCACUGUGGCGAGCAAACCACAGUGACACGGUGUUUUCAGCUUCAGCGCCACUCUGCGAAGAAUUUUUCCCUGUGUGCCGAGACAGACCUCACCGUUUGUCUUAUCUACAAAAAACUGUAUUAUUUUCAACAAGGUGCUGUUAUAAGUAGGACAACAUGAGCCAAAGAAACAGGUUUAAGCCUAAAAAUUCAGACUUGUGUUUUUUUCCUACACAAUAACUUUUACAUUUGUGUGUUAAGCCUGUGUGAAUCAUAUAUGAAGCUUGCUUUUAAUCUCUGGCCAUGCGUGACCUACACCAUGUUUAACUUCAGUCUCUAUUGCUUAUAUAGAUGCUUAAAGCCCACGUGUAGCAGAACAAAGGUAGUGUUAUAAAGUGUCUUCUUCAUGUGAACAAAUAAAGGCCUGUUGUUAGCUGUUAGCUGAUAGAGUAAUGUGUGAGAAUCUCCCUGAGUGUAGCAAGUCUGUACACAGUCAUUGCAGAAAUGGCCCUGGUGAAUUACAAGCUGGGAGAUAAGGUGGAGACCUGGCCUAAGAACUCUUUGAACAACAUGCAAGGUCUGUUAUCCAGUUGGAUGACAUCCCAGCAGUAACGAUAAGCCUCUUCCUCCAAACAGGAUCAGGGGAAACUCCGGGUAUAUACCAUUGUGACCGUAACUCAGACUUGUUUACAAUAAGCAUGACUCAACAGCUUUGCUGCAACGUAUGAAGGGGAGCAUUCUCAAAUGAGGACACGUACUUAAAUACCUACGCUUUGUGUGCCUGUUCAUGAACAUAUUAAAGUGUGACGAUGCUUUAAGGGAUUUUUGUCUCGCUCCUCAAUUACUGUCAGAGUGGAAUUAAACAACUGCCAUGACAGCCUGCUUC